AGCGAGAGCCAGCAAUUGUUUUGCUUGGAAAUCAAUCAAAAACUAAAAUAAGAAAAGUAGCUCCAAUAGACGGCGCAAAUCAUAGUUGCGCCGUCUAUUGGAGUUGUUGUUGAAAUCAUCGUCAGAGUCAGAGAAAUCAUCGUCAUAGUUGUUGAAAUAGCUCAACAAAUCACAAAAAAUAGCAAAUAAUAGAAGCCAAUUUAAGGUGAAGGUUGAGGCAUAAUUGAGCUGUUUUUUAUCAUACCAUACUGAUACCUUAUCAAUUUAAUUUAUCAUGCCUAUACCUUUUGUCUUGUCUCAAAUUGUACUUCACUAGUACUUUCAGGUUUCAGUAUUGAUAUUUUCAGCGUAUAUUUAGUGAACUUUUUUUGUAUUAUACUUUAUUGUUUUCCUCAAUACUUAAGCUUUGUUUUAGAUAUUACAGUAACAAGUUCUUUUAAAUAUGCUUUCGCCCCAAAAAUUAUAAACGUGUCUUAUAGAUUGGUCUGUCUGAAUCCCCACCCCUCAUUUAUCUGUCUGGUCUUAUCAAGCUCUGUGGAGAUACCUAUUUCUAUCUCAAUUACCGCUAUGAUUUCUGUGAGGCACAGGGCUAGUCAACUUCUAAGAACAUCACUGCUGGGUAGCUCACAGAAAAUGGCCCUGUCAAGCUCUGCCCAACUGAGCUCAGACCAGGACGGGUCUGCCAUGCCCCAGGCCCAGCACUUCCCAGCACUGAAGACUCCCAUGCUGCCACCAGACACCUUCAAGGGCAAGGUGGCGUUUGUGUCCGGCGGCGGUACCGGCCUCGGGAAGAGUAUGACCACGAUGCUGAGCCAGCUGGGCGCAAGCGUGUGCAUCAUGAGUCGUCGUCAGAAGGUUCUGGACGACACGGCGGCGGAGGUGAGCGCGCUCACCGGUAACCGAGUGCUCCCCGUGUCGGCCGACGUGAGGGACCCGGCCGCCGUCACAGCCGCCGUCGACGCCUGCGCCGAUCAGCUGGGGCUGCCCGACAUUCUCAUCAACAACGCCGCCGGAAACUUCAUAUCGCCAACAGAACGCCUGUCGGCCAACGCCUGGCGGACCAUCGUCGACAUCGUGCUGAACGGCACCGCCUUCCUGACGAUGGACGUUGGGAAGCGCUGGAUCGCCGCAGGACGCGGCGGCGUCAUGCUGAACAUCACCACCACCUACACCCGCACGGGAUCCGGCUUCGUGGCGCCCAGCUGCUCGGCAAAGGCCGGCGUCGAGGCGCUCACACAGACUUUGGCAGCUGAGUGGGGACGAUACGGUAUCCGGAUCAACUGUAUCGCGCCGGGCCCGAUCGAGACCGAGGGCGCCUUCUCCCGACUGGACCCGAGCGGACAGUUCCGUAAGGUCGGUAUGAAAGCGAUCCCGGCGGGCCGUUUCGGCGAGCCCGAGGAGCUCACCAACCUGGCCACCUUUCUGGUCAGCGACUACUCCAACUGGAUCAGCGGAGAGAGCGUGGCCAUUGACGGCGGCGGCCUGCCGUUCCGCGGCGGAGAGUUCAACCAGCUGGUGCGCGUGACGCCCGAACAGUGGGACAUGAUGGAGCAGAUGAUCCGCGCCACCAACAAAAAGUCCAAACUGUGAGGCCGGCGGCUCCACCGGGGGUCAAAUCCCAGGUCAGCCCAAUGUUCCCCUUUGGCAAAUGCUGCUGUGUGGUCGUAACAGUCAGGGAGGCGGAAAUGUCAGCAGUCAGCGCUGGCAGACAUAGACAGCGCGAGCACAGAGGGAAAUACGACAGGAAUAUCAAUGCAAUGUGGUGAGUGGUGUGAUGUGGAGGUUUAUCACGCGGUUUGGUGUGGAUCGACGGCGUAGAUUAGGGGUCUUAGGGGAGUGAAAGUGGAGAAUGCCGAGAUGCAAAUGAAGAUAUUGAGUGAUACAACAAUGUGCUAAUCGUGGUGCUCCUAUUUGACGAAUACCCGUGCGUUUUGGUACUGCGCAGGUCGCGUAUUACAUUGAAUAAAACGUUUAUACCUGC